GCCAGCUGCUUCACCAGAAAGAAAAAAAAAGAAAAAAUAUCGACGACAAAAAACGCGGUGAAAUUCUACAUUCGGGCAGUUUGGACAGAGUUUCCGAACUGUCCCGGUCCACGGGAACUCCGGGGAGGGAGAGGGAGACUUCAGCACCGGUAAAUACCACGGAAUGAUGGAAGAUUCCCACUUUAAUUCAUCGUACUUCUGGUCUCCCAUUCCCACUGUGCAAGGACAGAUCGAGAACGCCAUGUUUCUGAACAAGAUGAAGGAGCAGGAGAAGAAUCCGUCCUUCCAAGCCUCCAGUACCUCUCACUACCAAACGACAGUGCUCAUCCCAGGCCCCAAGCAGGAGGGGGGAGGGCAGGGGGGAGGGGGGCACCUGCUUCCCCCUCACAGCACCCAAAACAUCACUGUGGUCCCUGUGUCCUCCACUGGCAUCAUGACUGCAGCAGGUCUGGUCAUCACAACCCCUCAGGGUACUUUAGUAUCUCCUGCAUCAUCCUCUCAAUCGUUUGUUCCCGGUCACCCGGCAACGACCAUGAUCGUCUCUGCACUUCAUGCCCCGAACACAGAUAAAAAAGAAGAUGGACUGCCCCACUUGGUUGUCAUGCCGACUCCAUCAAAGCGAGGCAGGAAGAAAAAGACGGCGUUGCAGAGGGCGGGGCUCGGUGCUGGCCACGCCCUCUCGGCAGGGAACGAGACUCUCAUCCUGGCUCACCUAGCAGCAGGGGGGCAGGUUAUGUCUUUACAGCAUCACGCCACAGACCCGUACGACCUGUCGAAUGAAGACGAAGACCACGGAGGAAAAGACACAAAUAAGACCUACAGGUGCCGGAUGUGUGCGGUGACCUUCUUCAGUAAGUCAGACAUGCAGAUCCACUCCAAGUCCCACACUGAGGCCAAGCCCCACAAGUGUCCCCACUGCUCCAAGUCAUUCGCCAACUCCAGCUACCUGGCCCAGCACAUCCGUAUCCACAGCGGGGCCAAGCCUUACACCUGCUCCUACUGCCAGAAAUCAUUCAGGCAGCUCAGUCACUUACAGCAGCACACACGGAACCACACUGAGGCCAAGCCCCACAAGUGUCCCCACUGCACCAAGUCCUUUGCCAACUCCAGCUACCUGGCCCAGCACAUCCGUAUCCACACGGGGGUGAAGCCCUACACCUGCUCCUUCUGCCAGAAGUGCUUCAGACAGCUCAGUCACCUCCAGCAGCAUAACCGCAUUCACACGGGAGAUCGGCCCUACAAGUGUGUGCAUCCGGGAUGUGAGAAGUCCUUCACACAACUAUCUAACCUCCAGUCUCACCGGCGGCAACACAACAAAGACAAGCCCUACAAGUGUAGCAACUGUAACCGUGGUUACACGGACGCUGCGAGCUUGGAGGUUCACCUGUCCACGCACACGGUGAAACACGCCAAGCUGUACUCGUGUGGCCUCUGCAACCGCACAUACACCUCGGAGACCUACCUGGUCAAACACAUGCAGAAACACAACCCGGACCAGCUGACUGCAGCGGCCGUAGCCGCAGCUCAGCAGGCACAAUCACACCAGAACCAGAACCAGAACCACAGUGGAGCUCAAGGCCUGGGAGAGGGCACAGACGGCGGGGGCUCCAGGCCCGGUGGAGGAGGGCAGGGGCAGAACCAGGGCAGCUACACCCAGGCAGAGACAGUGGGCUGCCCCUUUGACCUGCACCAGUAUAAGACUGUGGCUGCUGGGGAUAUCCAAUACAAAACAGUUAGUGUGGCUGACUUGGUGUCCCAUAAAGACCUCUGUCUCACUGUGGCCACCUCCACCAUCCAGGUGGAGCACCUGAACUCAUAGUGAUCGUGUGGGGAGGGGGGGGGGUUGACCAUAGGAAGGGAGCCAGGAGAGGCAUGUAGGACGGCUGAAUACAUGGACAGGAUUUCUGAUGGACUGGAUUUAAGAAAUACAGAUGACAGAGGAACACAUGACUGUGCCUGAAAAAUGGAAUGUGGCAUAAGACCUUUGGAGGAGACUUGGGUGGGAGAAGGUCUCUGGUCUCUUGAGAGAGGGUGUUUUUGUACUCGAUUUCUCACUAAUGCCCAGAUUAAUGUCCUUUUUUUUGUGAACCCAGGUUUCUGAAUGGGUAGUGCAUGUAAAGGAGGGUAUCUCUCUCCAUCUGUGUUCAUCCAGAACGCACGGCGAGAGGAGAAACAGAGUAAAGAGAUGUUCUCUUUUUAUAUUUUACUAUUUCAUAUCCUGCUCUUCCCUGCAAAUGUAUCCAUGGCCAUAAUUUAUGAUCACUUCAGCGAUACUUUUAAUGGAAACUGGUGGUAAACUGUGAAGGUAAAUUUUUAUACUUUCUUACAGGUACUCCCGUUUUUCUACAACUUCAUUGUCAUUUCUAUGUUAUGUCUAGUUAUUUUAGAAUACGCUAACAAUUAUAUUUUUCACUGAAAAAAGGGAAGUAGUAUAUAUUGAUUUGGAAGAAGAAAAAGAAACAAUAGGCAAAUAUUUCAAAGUAUAUAUUACCAGUAUAUAUAUAUAUAUAUAUAUAUAUAUAUAUAUAUAUAUAUAUAUAUAUGUAUGUAUGUAACGAAAGUCCAUAUACCUUUUUAAAAGACAAUUGACAUGUAUGGACUAAAGCCAAACUCUGCUUCGUUCACGUACUAUUUUGGGAGGUGAAUGGGGUUAGCGUGUUCUUUUUCCUCAUGUAGUCCUAGUUGUAUCUCAUUGUGUGUCAUAAGAAUAUCAUUGUUAUCCAAAUGUAUUCUUGCUAUUAUACUUCCGAUAUUUAAGUAUUAAACGGAUGUUUAUGAUAUUCCUUUCCAAAUAGACACGUCAAUCCGAGAUGUGUUUUUACGCUUACGAUACCUACACUAUUAAACACCUCACUGAAGCGGU